AUGGUUAAAACUAACUACUAUAAUGGUUUGAAUCCUGCCGUAUCACAGGCAUUAAUCAAUCUGCAAUAUAGGUAUAGUAAUGAAAUGCCUGAAAUGUGGUGUUCGCAUAUUCAUUAUCCAUUUAGAACACUUCUAAAAAAUAACCCAAAAUACUUCUCCAAGAAUGUAUUUAUCUAUUUGACUGAAAGAUCUAGAGAUGGGAGAUUUACGGUUGAGAAGCGUUCAUUUUAUAUUUAUUGCACUGUAUACGACAUCUUGGUAUUUAUCUGUGAAAAUACUAUCGAAUGUGCCAAUCAUCACCUGAAUAAAUGCAUUGCUAAAACAGCUAAAAGGCAUUUCACACAUUCUAAUCCUGUUCAGAAAAAAGGAGGAAGAAGUGUAUCAUCACUUAGUUCUGUAUAUUCACAGUGUGGUUAUCAUGUAUAUAAUACAGACAAUGGAUUUAGAGAGGAAAUUGCUUAUUCCUUAUUUAAUAGUGCAAAAAUUAUCCAACGGGCUUGGAGAGAUUACAAGUUGAGACCUGAAACAUGGGCGAAACGAAUUUGA